UUGAAAAACCCAGUUGACGCUUCUCAAUGGCCUCGCAAAACCGCCGUUCCCCAGCCCUCGAAACCAUCGAAAACCAGGCGGAAACCCGUAAACGGACGUCAAUAAGCAGUUUACCGGGAACAGUAAUGGAAAAGCUUAAAACCAAUCUGGUAUUCAAGUCAAAAUGGGCUGAAUUAAACGGCGCAAUGGGCGAUUUAGGGACAUAUAUUCCCAUAGUUUUAGCUCUGACAUUAUCCAAAAACAUCAAUUUAGGCACCACUCUGAUUUUCACCGGAAUUUACAACAUCGUUACCGGCUUGAUCUACGGCGUUCCGAUGCCGGUUCAGCCAAUGAAGUCGAUCGCCGCGGCGGCUCUGGCUGAUGCAGAGUUCGGCGUGGCGGAAAUCAUGGCGGCCGGAAUCUUGACCGGUGGGAUUCUGUUUGUUCUGGGUGCGACGGGGCUGAUGCAUUUGGUUUACAAAUUGAUGCCGUUGGCGGUGGUGAGAGGGAUUCAAUUGGCGCAAGGAUUGUCGUUUGCUCUGACGGCCGUUAAAUAUGUUCGUUAUGAUCAAAAUAUGGCGAAAUCGAAAUCCGGUGACGGUCGAGAAUGGUUUGGAUUAGAUGGGUUGGUUUUGGCCAUUGUUUGUGCUUGUUUUGUGAUCAUCGUUAACGGCGCCGGAGAAGAAGAAACAACGGCGGAUGCAAGAGUUGAAAUUGAAGCCCAAGGAGAAUCAAAACGAAGGAAAGAGAAGCUUAGGAAGAUCAUAACUUCCCUUCCGUCAGCUUUCAUAAUUUUCUUAUUAGGCGUUGUUUUUCUCUUCAUCCGUAGUCCAAAAGUUGUUAAAGAAAUUACAUUCGGACCGUCAUCUAUAAGCAUUGUGAAGAUCACAAAAAGCCAAUGGAAAAAAGGGUUCAUAAAGGGAACAAUUCCUCAGCUUCCUCUCUCCAUUCUAAACUCAGUUAUCGCCGUUUGCAAGCUCUCCCUGGACCUUUUUCCGGGCAAGAUUAUCACCGUCACAUCGCUGUCCGUCACCGUAGGGCUUAUGAACAUCGUUGGCUGCUGGUUCGGCGCCAUUCCAACUUGUCAUGGUGCUGGCGGCCUUGCCGGUCAGUACAAGUUCGGUGGCAGGAGUGGCGGCUGUGUUGUAUUACUCGGUUCCGCCAAAUUGAUUCUUGGCUUGAUUCUUGGAAGCUCUCUUGCAAAGGUUUUGAACCAAUUUCCGGUAGGGAUUUUGGGAGUUCUACUGCUGUUUGCCGGAGUGGAGCUAGCGAUUGCAGCGAGAGACAUGAACAGUAAAGAGGAGGCAUUUGUGAUGGUGAUAUGCACCGGAGUUUCGUUGGUUGGCUCCAGCGCUGCCCUAGGGUUCUUGUGUGCCAUGGUGGUGCACAUCCUGCUCUGGCUUAGAAAAUGGGGUAAAGAAGAUAACCAUUAGCCCUUUGCUCUUCAUAAUUAAUAUAUAAUUUGUCGAUAUAUUGUGUUUUAGAUGUCUUAGCUUAAAAAGGAAAAAAUUGGGGUAACGGUUUGAGAUCCCGAGCUAUGAAAUAAUUGUUGAAACGAUAUGUAAGACCAUUGAAUUUUGUGUUUGGAUUAUAUUUUGAAAUUUGUCCCUUGGAUUUGGUUGAGGGGAAGAGUAUAUAUUUUGCUUUUGUAAGUAUGGUGCUUGAAGAAUCUAUAUGAUUAUUGUGAUUUCUUUUUCUUUUUUUUUUUUUUUUUUAUAGGAAGUUUAUGUUUUG